AUGUAUAUCCACAGAAUCUCCCAUGUCUCAUUCUACUCCUCCCCUCCAAAUAGUGAGAGUGUUUGUAACAAUAGCACAUCCUUCAGGGACGGUGAAGAAGGCAAUCCUAUUUCUCCCUUUUGUUUCCUCCAUUCAUCCAAGUAUGGAGAUACUCAAAACCUAGGUCGUCUACGAUACGACGAAGUAGGAGAAGAGGAUGAGAUUCAUCACUCCCUAUCUAACAACAAUAUCACUCCAGUUCAACACUUGAAACACCUUCGCAUUCUUGAUGACAGUGUAGUCAUAAGCACUCCAAUUUCAUCUCUCUCCAGUAGUGAACAGAGUAGGACUUAUGAAACACCUCUCAUCGGUUCAAUCAGUACCAUGGCCACUACUGAGGGUUCGAUACAAGAUCAUUCUUACAUGGAUGAGAGAGGUGAAAUUGCAAAAAGCUAUCCUCACUCGUCCUUCUUCUCUACCUUAAAUAUUACUUCUACCACUCCAAACUCAACCGACAGGCUAUCAACAACGUUCACUUCAACACCUUCAAGGUCUUAUCAAUUCGUUCAAGAAUCACUCGGGCUGAGCAGCAACAGUAGACCGAUUACCUCAGCACACUCGAUGUUAACCAAGUCUUCCUCAACAUCGGAGCUUUUGCAUCAGGCCUCUCCGUAUAGAUUUUUGAGAUCUUCUCAUUCCUCCUCAAAUAUAUCUGUACCUCUUCGUUUGUCUGCAAUUCCAAAUCAACUCAUUGAGGAUAAAUUGAAUGAAUUAAGAAAACAAUUACAAGGCCAUCCAAUGAUAUCAUCACCAAGAUAUUACACUAUCCCGUCCUAUCGAAGUGUAUACUCACAUUCACAUACUGAAGCAGGAGUGGACACAGAUAGAAUGUUGGAAGGUUUUGUUAAAUCAUGCAGAAAAGACAUUUACCAAAAUGCAAUCAUAAGAGAUGAAUUCAAAAAACAUAUCCAGAGGGUAUGUGAUGAGGAUGGAAAGAUUCGUAGAAAUGCUAUUGAGAACAUCAAAAUAUUAGACAAAUCGUUUUCUUCAUCCUCAAUAUUGUUGACGAGUCAUGAAAAUGCAAUACUACAUCCCCGGAGAGUGGAUUCAUUGCCCUCUUUCGAUCACAUUCAACCAAGAGUAUCUCAUUUACCCAAGCAAGCUCCUACACCAGAACCUGUUGAAAAGUUAUUCCCACCUUACAAAUCCAAGUGUCUUCUCACUCGAAGAGUAAACUCCAGAUUUAUGGAAUGGUGUGAACAAAAGAAGGAGCCCAAUGAAUUGUCUUCUUCAUCACUGAGGUCAGGAUCAUCUCCACAAACACCAAAAACACUUCAAGGAGGUAAAAGAAAAAGUGCAACGAGCGAAACCAACACAUCUUUGCCAGCCACCUCAUCUUCUCCAUCCAUACUUGUUACUUCACCAACAACGAAUAACAAAUCACAGGAAGAAGUUGAUGUUUCUUCUUCACCAUCCACAGUGAAAACAGUCUCAACCCCAAAUAGACAACAGAAAACUCCCCACACAUCUCUACAAUCCAAUAGGGUCGUCUCUCCAUUAUCAAGUGAGGACAAAAAGAAGAAGCCUUCACAAAAUGAAGUUCUACCAUUAAGGAUAAGCGCCUUGUAUAAUUUAGCAAUGAACACCAACUCUCCAUCCAGAAGAGAACAAAUCGAAAAAGAAAAGCAAGAAUUUCUCAACAAGUGCAUUCCCUUCCAAUCAAGUACUUCAAAAAAGCACAACAAUUCUCCAAAACGUAAAUAA